GGCGCGAUGCCCGCGGUGGCUGACGCAGCGAGCGCCAUUGUGCCACAGAACGCCCUACAGGUUGAGCUCAAGAAGUCUCGGGAUGACGUUGCACACCUCAGAGACUAUGGCCAGCCUGGAGAUCAGUACGAGGUGAAGUUGUGCAUCGCCGGCAAAUAUCGCGCCGUCACCUGGUCCAAGAUCGACUGA